CCUGGGUGUGCCUGCCUCUCCCUUCCAGGCUUCUAAGGAGCAAACAGCAGAGUCAACGCAUUUCUUACUUCCCCUUCGAGCCAGCGAAAGAGUUAAUUUUAAUACGAAUGUGCAAGAAUUAGAGUGAGAGAGCCGCUCUCAGCCCAGCCUGGGGGGGACAGGAGCGCCUGCGGGAGCGGCCGGGCAGAGCGCAGGCACCGGCCAUUCCAUCAGACAUGGAUACGCUCUUUGGCAGGAAUAAGGAAGAGCACCCAGAGCCCAUAAAAGCUGAGGUGCAGGGGCAGCUGCCCACUUGGUUGCGAGGGACUCUGCUCCGAAAUGGCCCAGGGAUGCACACCGUAGGGGACAGCAAGUACAACCACUGGUUUGAUGGCCUGGCUCUGCUGCACAGCUUUACAUUUAAAAAUGGUGAAGUUUACUACAGAAGUAAAUAUCUCCGAAGUGACACGUACAACUGUAACAUAGAAGCAAACAGAAUCAUGGUGUCUGAGUUUGGGACUAUGGCUUAUCCAGAUCCAUGCAAAAACAUAUUUGCUAAGGCAUUCUCCUAUUUGUCUCACACCAUUCCUGAGUUCACAGACAACUGUCUCAUCAACAUUAUGAAAGCUGGGGAUGAUUUUUAUGCUACUGGUGAGACUAACUUCAUCAGGAAAAUUAAUCCACAGACUCUGGAGACAUUGGAGAAGGUUGACUACAGCAAAUAUGUAGCUAUAAAUUUGGCAACUUCUCACCCCCACUAUGACCGUGCUGGAAAUGUUCUCAACAUGGGCACUUCAAUAGUUGAUAAAGGGAAGACAAAAUACCUUCUAUUUAAGAUUCCUUCCUCUGUACCAGAACACGAAAAGAAGAAAUCUUGUUUCAAGCACCUGGAAGUGGUUUCCUCUGUCCCUUCUCGCUCUCUGCUCCACCCCAGCUACUACCACAGCUUUGGGAUCACAGAGAACUACAUUAUCUUCAUAGAGCAGCCCUUCAGACUGGAUAUUCUCAAAAUGGCAACUGCUUACAUGCGAGGUGUGAGCUGGGCUUCAUGCCUUGCCUUUAACAAGGAUGAAAAGACUUGGUUUCACUUUAUAGACAGGAGGACUAAAAAGGAAGUGUCCACCAAGUUUUACACCGAUGCUUUGGUGUUUUUUCACCAUAUGAAUGCUUAUGAAGAGGAUGGCCACAUUAUUUUUGAUAUUAUUGCCUAUACAGACAAUAGCUUAUAUGACAUGUUUUAUUUAAAAAACCUGAACAACGACCUCGAAAAGAAUGCCAGACUUACCUCCAUACCAACCUGCAAAAGAUUUGUGGUUCCUCUGCAGUGUGACAAGGAUGCUGUAGUGGGUUCUAAUUUAGUCACACUUCCCUCUACUGCAACUGCUGUGAAGGAGAAAGAUGGAAGCAUCUAUUGCCAACCUGAAAUACUAUGUGAAGGGAUAGAACUGCCUCGCAUCAACUAUGACUACAAUGGCAAAAAAUACAAAUAUGUCUUUGCAACACGAGUCCAGUGGAGUCCAAUUCCUACAAAGAUUGCAAAAUUUAAUACCCACACAAAGGAAAUGCUCCAAUGGGAAGAGGAUGACUGCUGGCCAUCUGAGCCUGUUUUUGUUCCCAGCCCUGAUGCAAAAGAAGAGGACGAUGGUGUUGUUCUGACCUGUGUUGUGAAGACUGAUCCAAAGGAUCCACCCUUCCUACUUGUCUUGGAUGCUAAAACAUUCACAGAGCUGGGUCGAGCCAUAGUAAAAGUGGAAAUGCAUUUGGACCUGCACGGAAUAUUUAUACCACAGCAAGACAUGAAAACUGAGUCUGAGUAGAAUCUAUUUGUUGUAUUGCACAGACUGACAUAACCUUCUACUGAAUGUGGGAUAAUAUCCUUCAGGAACAGCCUUCUCUUAUGAUAAGAAAUGACUAAUUAUAACCUUCUCAAUAUCUACAUAUAAUCUCUUAAAAGAGACAGAAAUUACUUUAUUACAAAUUAUUGUGUGCACAACUGGUAUAUCACUAUUCCAAAAGAAGAAUUAUCAAUGUGAAGUGCUAAUGUUGAAUACAGCUUGUGGAUCAAGGAGUAGGAGAGAGAGGUAACAAGAAAUGUUUUAUUUGAGUAGAACAAAGCUUUCUGAGCAAAUGAAGUACUGUAUUCAUAGGGUGACACAUGGCAUGAGUCACACAUGUCUGCAGGUCAUGUAACUUCCAUGGGCUGUUGCAGGACUGCAGCUGACAAUGAAAGUUUUCUCCUGCCAGGAAACCUCAUGUUAAACUAUCUGCCAUGAUACCAGUAAUUCAUGGCAAUGUAUUCUCUUGGUGCUUGAUUUCUUAAACUCUACCAUAACCAAAGUAUUAUGUUGAGGUGCUACAUUUUUCUUAUCCAGAACCUAACCCCUCCCCCCAGCUUUUCUAAUAAUUUCAUGGUGUAUUUUCAGCUUUUAUGUUGACAAAACCAAGUAACUUCAUUGAAAUAGACUACAUGGUUAUAUGUAGCAUUCAAUUAUACUUUAGUGACAUUCAAUCUUAAGCAGUUUGUAUUUAAAUCAGUUUAAUCAUUCCUUGGGCAGAAUAUCUGUCAUGGCAUUUCAUGUAAUUAGAUGAUUACAUUGUGUAAAAGAUGGAAGAACUGUAGUAUUUGCUAUUGCCACUAUUCUCUGUUGAUAGCAGCAUGUAUGUGAAUGAGGGCAGUGUAUUCCUAGCAGAACUCAGACACACGUGCAAAAAGCAGUUUAGGGAAAGAUAAUUUAGGCCUCAUCUGAACCCCACAGUAGCUGAAACUAGAAGCUGCUAUUGCCAUAAAUAAGCAUUUGCUUUAUGUCUGCUUAGGAACACCCAUGUUCUCACGUGUUUAUCCUUGCCUGUACCAGAUGCUUCCUAAUAAAAGUGCACAACUCUGACUCACAGUCACAAUUAAAAUGCACAUUUCAACAUAAAGUUCAAGUGCCAAGCACAGUGUGACUGGUUGUGUUACAGAAAUGGCAUUUCUUACUUCCCCCCCUCCCCACUGUAUUCCUGAUUUGAAAUAUUGACUUUUCUUUAGGUGAGAGAUUUUUUUUGCUUUGAAUUUUAUUUUCUCAUUAUAGAUAUCUUUGCUGUUUGGAAGCAUGUUUACUGAUGGAGAAAACCAGGUGCACAUCCAUCCAUUUUGGGUGUUCUUCUGGUCUGUCUGUAUCACCACACAGCUCAGGUACCUCUCACUCUGACACACACAUGCCCUCAGUGCCUGUGCUGCUCACAGUGUUUCAUAGGAAGGAAACAGAACGAAAUUGUUGUCAUUUAUUACCUCCCCACCACAUGAGAAUCUGUGCUUGGUGACCUGUUUGUGAUUACUCAACGUGUUUGUGGCAGAGCAGGAACUGAACCAACAUCAUCCACAGUUCCUGCCUGCUCUGUAACAACCAGAUCUCUGUUCCUCUGCUUAAGUCUUUGCACUUUGUUAGGAUAAAGAUAUACAGGCUAUUUUUAAUGUAAAAAAAGCCUGACACCGUGGUCAGAUCUAGUUAACAUAUGCAGGUUUGGGCAUUCAAAUGUUUACAUGUUCCAUAAAAUGGAAAUAAACACUUCAGUAAGGUGUGUGCAGAAAUAGUCACUUUUAGUGUUUUCAAGGCAUAUUACCAUUAGUAUUUAAUAGAACUUUAUCUUCUGAAGAAGAAAUUUAAUUCCAUUUCUGUAAAUAAUAUGGAACCAGUACUGGAAGAGAACCCUGACUUAUGAUAUUGGCAAAAGACAUCAGCUCUGGGGUUGUUUCUUUUCAUAUGAAAAAGUUUGUAUUUAACAAAGGUCCACAAAUACAUUUCUAGAAUUAAAAGGCGGCAAUGAAUCAAAAGUCUAACCAUUGUUAAAGAUUUUCUUCCAAGAGUUUGUCUCUAGAAUUUCUUCUGUAGUACUCACAGGGUUGUUUUUUGAUAAUCAUAGGUUUGGAUACAGGAGUUACUUGACUUCUGAGGGGAUAAUUUUUACUGGUAGAGAUGACAGGAUAGGGAAUACACUCAUCAUAAAAACAACCUGUAGUCUAAGUAAGCAAAUGUGUUAUUUACAUUCAUGUAGAAAUAAUGCAAAAAAUAAAUGAUAAUAACUUGUCUUGGGUAUGAUUUUUUAAGUGAGAUGUGCCUUAUUCCCUUGGUCAGUACUACACAGGAUUUGAUUAGCAUUAAGUUUGUAGUUAACCUGAGGAGAAAAACAGUGAUGGAAAUCUGCAUUUGCUAAUCCCAGUAUCCUCCUGCAGCAGAGACAACAGGAAUAAAACCAUACAGCUAAUCACAAA